CAUGCUUAUGUUUGACACUCAUCAUGGAUGUAAAAAGAUCCAAUCUUUUGUCUAUCAAUUGAUUUGGGCUUUUGGCUUUAUGCAGGGUGACAGAUUCAUCCCAGUCAGGUCCGCAAUGGAUUUCGAUGUGGCCAAUCUCUUGCUAACAACGCAAGAGAUAAAAAAAGAUAGGUCUUCGUGGUCAGAUUAUUACCAGAAGCUUCUUUCAGAAUGUUUCUUAAACAAUAGGACCCGAAUAUUUGUGUUCAAGAGCAAGCCCCCAGCACCAGUUAAUGAGAUGUUUCAAGAAUACUUGGGUUCUUCUUGUAAGUCUAGAGUAGUGAAGCAGUGGAGGCACAUACCAAAGAAGGCAGAGAGGACGUUAGAUGCCCCAAAUAUGAUAGGUGAUUACUGUCUAAGUUUGCUUGAUUGGGGGAGCAGCAAUGCCCUGGCAGUUGCCCUUGGGAGCACAGUAUAUCUGUGGAAUGCCUCUAAUAGGUGUUGUUCGGAGCUUGUGAGUGUUGGAGAUGAUGGGCCUAUCACUAGUGUCAGCUGGUCUCCAGAUGGGCAGGUGCUCGCCAUUGGCUUAAAUAAUUCCCAGGUCGAGUUGUGGGAUCCAAGAGCUAGCCAAAGGUUGAGAACUCUGCGACGGGCUCACCGAUCCUGUGUUGGAUCAAUGGCUUGGAAUGAUAAAAUUCUGACGACCGGAGGAAUGGAUGGUAGGAUUUGCAAUCAUGAUGUGAGAGUGGAAAACCGCAUUCUUCAGAACUAUAGAGGACAUACACAUGAAAUCUGUGGCCUAAAGUGGUCACUAUCAGGUCAAAAAUUGGCAAGUGGGGGGAUAGGGACCACGGUGUACGAGCUGGUAGAUCCCAUGAUGAUACGAUUUCAUAUAGAUGAUGGGCUCUGUGAGGUCCUUCAAAAUAUGAUGCAGCUACAGAUGAUCUCGCACAUGGAGUAG